CCACCGCCGCUGGAGCAUCAUGAUAGCUGUCACGCUCCUGAGCCUGGCCCUGCUAGGAAGCACCUGCGCCUGCUCCACCAGCGCCCUGUAUGAGGCGGGCAUUGUGUGCCGAAUCACCAAGUCUGCCCUUCUGGUGUUGAACCAGGAGACAGGCAAGGUCAUCCAGACGGCCUUCCAGAGAGCCUCCUACCCAGACAUCAAGGGUGAGAGGUCCAUGAUGCUCCUUGGCCGAGUCAAGUAUGGUCUGCACAACAUCCAGAUCAGCCACCUGUCCAUUGCCAGCAGCCAGGUUGAGCUGGUGGAGGCCAAAUCUGUUGAUGUCUCCAUUCAGAACGCAUCUGCGAUCUUCAAGGGGACCCUGAACUAUGGCUACAAGGGCGCCUGGGGGUUGAACAUUGAACAGUCUGUGGACUUUGAGAUUGAGGCGGCCAUUGACCUCCAGAUUAAUACGCAGCUGACCUGUGACUCUGGCAAUGUACGGACUGACGCCCCUGACUGCUCCAUCUCCUUCCAUAAGCUGCUCCUGCACCUCCACGGGGAGCGUGAGCCUGGGUGGAUUAAGCAGCUGUUCACAAAUAUCAUCUCCUUCACCCUGAAGCUGGUCCUGAAGGGACAGGUCUGCAAGGAAAUCAACGUCAUCUCCAACAUUAUGGCCGACUUUGUCCAGACAAGGGCUGCCAACAUCCUCUCAGAUGGAGACAUCGAGGUGGACAUUUCCUUGACAAGAUCACCUGUCAUCACGGCCACCUACCUUGAGUCCCAUCAUAAGGGUCAUUUCAUCUACAAGAACAUCUCCGAGGUGCUCCCUCUCCCUGCCUUCUCGCCCUCGCUGCUGGGGGACGCCCGAAUGCUCUACUUCUGGUUCUCUGAGCAAGUCCUCGACUCCUUAGCCAAGGUCGCCUUCCAGGAUGGCCGCCUCCAGCUCAGCCUGGAAGAGGCAGAGUUCAGGGCACUUCUAGAGACUUGGCACUUCCACCCUAACCAGGAAAGCAUUCCGGAGCUGUUCCGUGGCUUCCUCAGCAGCCCAGGCCGAGUCACUGUCUACUGCCCGAGGAGGCCCACAAUCUCCUGCCAGAACAAGGGUGUGGUGGUCAGUUCUCCUGUCGUGGUGGACUUUCUCUUCCCACAUAAGGAUGGGCAGGAUUCCGCGGCUCACACUUUCGAAGAGGAUAUUGUCGCUACCGUCCAGGCCUCCUAUUCCAAGAAAAAGCUCUUCUUAAGCCUGGUGGAUUUCCAGAUUAAACCAAAGACUACCUCCAACAUGGCUGAGAGCUCCGAGUCCAUCCAGCGCUUCCUGCAGUUGCUGAUCACCACAGUAGGCAUCCCUGAGGUCAUGUCCCGGCUGGAGGUGGCAUUGACAACCCUCAUGAACAGCAAAGGCCUGGACCUUUUCGACAUCAUCAACCCCGAGAUCAUCACUCGUGAUGGCUUCCUGAUGCUGCAGAUGGACUUCGGCUUCCCAGAGCACCUGCUGGUGGACUUCCUGCAGAGCCUGAGCUAGGAGGCGUUAAGAAAUGAGGCCAGUGGGGCUGGGACCAAAGGCAUGCAUCCAGCUCACAAUGGAACAGGACCAUCCGAAUGCUGGCAUCUCUUGUGUGUGGCUCAGAGUGGGAGCAAGGAGAUGGAGUGCUCCCUGCCUUCCCAAUUUUUA